AUGGCUCCCGUCAUAUCCUCACCAACUCCCAUCAUCGGUGUUAGGACCGCUGGGGGAAAGCCUGCCCAACGCCUUCCGAUCGAGUUGUUUCGCACUCAGCACGAGUUUGCAUUUGCUCUCUAUGUCCAGGCCCUUGCUGCUUGGCAGAAGAAUGGCAACGAGAAGUAUGACCAAGACAAUGCUAACGGCACAAGUUACUUCCAAGUCGCAGGCGUUCACGGAGUCCCCUAUGUCCCUUGGCAGAAAGACCCAACUGCAGAGGCAGCCACGAACGUUGGAUACUGCACUCAUCGCAGCGUUCUCUUCAUCCCAUGGCACCGACCAUACUUGAUGCUCUAUGAGCAAAUCAUAUUUGCCUACGCCUUGGAGAUUGCUGCAAAGGCGCCUGGCUCCGUUGGUGACGAGUACAUGGCGGCACUUUCUGACGUCCGAUUACCUUAUUGGGAUUGGGCCUCCGAUCCUCACCUUCCAGCGGUGACUAUGUCCCCAGACAUCACGCUUACGGUUCCAGGGACCAAGCCCGGAACAAAGGAGAGUCUUCAUCUGUCACAUAACCCUCUGUAUUCGUACCAAUUCACUUCCAAGUGGGCAACCGACACCAUUCAGAAGGAAAUGGGCUGGGCUUCCACUGCUGUGUGGGCAGAGUCCAAGCGUUGCCCUGACGCCAACGGAAAGAGCCACCAGGAAAUCGCGGAUGCUCAGCUUGCCAAAGUCGCGAAGUCAUUCAAGUCUUCUACGUUCGACGCCAUCACACACGUCACCAACUUUGACCAGUUCACUACUCAGGCCUGGAGACCCAAACAGCCGGUGAAGGCCUACAGUUCGGUUGAGGGCAUGCACAAUACCAUACAUGACUACACUGGCACCAACGAUUCUGUGGACCAGAACAAGCAGUACGGUAACAUGUCAGAUGUGCAGGCCAGCUCCUUCGACCCAAUCUUCUGGCUCCAUCAUGUCAACUGCGACCGUCUCACGGCCAUCUGGCAGGCCAUGAAUCCCAACUGCACCAUUGACGAGUUCCCAUCUCUGACAGAUCGAUUCGUCAAACGAUCGGGAUCGGUGGAGGGUGGCACGUCGAACCUCGAGCCGUGGCACAAGAGCUCGGCGCACUCCAUGGCCGACUAUUACGUCGCCAAUGACACCAAGGAGCUCAUCAGCACGUUUGAUGCCGGAUACUACUACCCGGAAACGCCCUUGGAUCUUCUUAAGAAGUCAGACCAGAUGAAGGCAUAUGCCACGCAGCAGGUCUACAAGCUCUACGCUCCCCCUUCCCUUGCGCCUCCAUCACAGAAGCUUGCAAACGUGGCUACUAUAAACGCCAAGUCUACUAAUGGGGCUCCUGCAAGCGGCAAACAGAGCGACAGCCUCCGUCCCAUUAACAGCCGCCAUCAGGAGUCCGCUGCAGACCACAAUGGGAGCAGCGCCAACCACAACACCAACCACUGGCAAGUCUUCUUGCGUGUGAAAAACUUUGCCCUCACAGGAACCUGGGGUAUUCACAUCUUCCUGGGCGAGCUGCCCGCCUCGACUGCCGACUGGCUCCUGUCGGACAGUCGUGUCGGGACGGUCACCAUGCUAUCAAACCGUUCGAGGCAGAACUGUGCGAACUGCGUAUCGCAGGCCGAGAGCGGUAUUCUGGUUACAGGCUCGGUGCCGCUGAAUGAGGAGUUAGAGGAGAGAGGACUGAAUGUUGGUGACAUCGCGGCCGUCGUCGCGUAUCUGAAGGAGAACCUGUCGUGGAGGGUGGUCAAGGACACCCAAGAUGUCCCUAUUACCGAUGACUUUGCCCUCACUGUUGGUGUCUCCGCCCAGCCUGUGUCAGUUCCAGGGUCCAAUGCUGAACUUCCAACUUGGGGUCAUUGCGAAGUGUUUCCGGAGGCUACAGCAGGCAAGGUCGGAGGAUUGACAGAACAGAAUCGCGGUGAGCUGAAUCUAUAG